GGCCAAAAACAGCUCUCAGGGGGCGCUCGAGGGGAACACGGUGGCACAAGAGAGGGUGUAAGGGGAAGCGCCUGAAGCGGCUACCAAGAUGGCCAGCAAAGUGAUGGACUUGAUCUACUGGAAGGACACGGAGCGAACGGGCAUAGUGCUGACGGGCUUAGUGGUGGUUCUACUGAGCUUGUUCCAGCUCAACGUCAUCACAGUGGUCUCCACGUUGUCCCUGAUCAUCAUGUGUGUCACCAUCCCAGUGCGCUUCUACUACAGAAUACUCUACACCCUCAAUUGGGGCGACGGAGUACACCCCUUCAAGUCCUACUUGGACAUGGACAUCAGCCUGAGCGGAGAGCACGCUGACCUGGUCAUGCAGAAACUCAUCGUCAUGACUCUGUCUGCCGUGGACAGUCUGAAAAGACUCGUCUUUGUCGGAAACCUAUUUGACUCUCUCAAGUUGCUGUUUCUGCUGUACCUUGUCACGUACAUUGGAGAUCUGUGCAAUGGCCUCACCCUCCUCAUCAUAGGAGUGAUCGCUCUCUUUUCUUUGCCGCUUUUCUACCGACAGCGUCAGGAGCAAGUGGACCGGGUGAUAGCAAAAAUCCAGGCCCGAAUUGACAACAUUAAGGACUUUCUGCAAAGAUUGGCCCAAGGUGGCGGCCCUCCACCCGACACGACCCCGUCUGCUGCCAAACCUGAAGGCCAAUAAACUCCGGAUGUCAGGUUGAAGAAGAAGAAGCUGCAGGCGGUCACUGCGAUGUCUUACCAGCAGUCUGAGAGCUCCACCAAACCAGGAGAAGAAGACGAGGGACGUUUACUUAACUGGAGGGUUUACAUGCGGCACUUUAUGUGCUGUUCAGUGUGUGUGUAAGUUAUUGGCCUACUAACUUCGAAGUGGUUUUAAAUGUCUGUUGACAAGCUGUCGUCCAAAUGGAAGGAAAUGGAAACAAAGUGAGGAAAGGGAGGUGAGAGGUCAGGGUGAAAAAAAAAAACCAGGGGUCAUCGUUACUCAUGGCAUCGAGUCUUCAUUGUCAUGACUGAAUCGUGUGAGUGUGUGUGUGUGUGUGUGUGUGUGUGCGUAUGUGUGUGAGGUAAAUGAAGUGUAACAAUCAAUUAAAGUCACUUCAUCUUUCUU